AUGUCCAAAUUGAAUUUUGACACGUAUUACAACGUGAUUAAUGGCCAAUUGAAGGGGUCCGACGAGCAAUACUUCAGCAUCAACCCUUUCAAUGAGGAGAAGCUCUGGCCGGUCCCCGUUGCAACUGUGGAAGAUCUGGACGAGGCUGUGACCGCUGGCAAUGCCGCCUUUGUAAAGUGGCAGCAUUCCUCCGUGGAGGAGCGGCGGAGACGAUGCAACGAGUUUGCUGAUGCCCUUCUUGCGCAGAAGGCUGAUUGGGUUGAGCCGAUUUCCAAGGAAACGGGACAGCCAAGAGAAUUGGCCGAAAGUGAGGUUGACGCCGCCCACGAGUGGCUAACGACCAUCUCGAGGAUUGACUUGCCCGAGUACAUCACACAUGACGACGACGAAGUGAAGGUGAUUACAAAAUACUUCCCGCUAGGCGUCGUCGCUGGGAUCUGUCCCUGGAACUUCCCCAUCUUUCUCGCCGCGGGCAAGAUUGCCAGCGCCGUGUCGACGGGCAACACGAUUAUCAUCAAGCCGUCACCAUAUACUCCGUACACGGCGCUCAAACUGGCAGAGCUGGCGCAACGUUUCUUCCCUCCGGGAGUUGUUCAAGCCCUGGGAGGCCACGACAGCUUGGGUCCGUGGAUCACGAAACACCCGGGGAUUGCGAAGAUCUCCUUCACGGGGUCGUCUGCCACGGGAAAAAAGAUUAUGGCCGCUGCUGCGCCAACGCUGAAGCGUGUUACCUUGGAACUUGGCGGCAACGAUGCCUCGAUCGUCUGCUCCGAUGUCGACAUUGAUGCUAUUAUCCCAACAAUUGUUGACGAUGCAUUCAGCCACGCGGGCCAAGUUUGCAUCGCCGCAAAGCGUAUCUACGUGCACGAAUCCAUCUACAACGAAUUCCUAGACAAAUUCGUCGCAGCAUGCAAGAACCUGACGCCCGGACAACGAUACCUCAGCCCAAUUCAGAACAAGAUGCAGUACGAUAAGAUCAAGUCCAUCUUCGAGGACUCCCGGAGUCAGCAGCAUGAAUUUGUACUUGGCAAUGCGGAACCGGAGAUCAAGAAGCCCGGCUAUUACAUGUCGCCGGCCGUUGUGUCCCGGCCGCCGGAGCAGUCGCGUCUAGUGCAAGAAGAGCCGUUUGGGCCGAUUGUCCCUGUGCUCGUGUGGAAAGAUGAAGAGGAUGUGAUUCGACGUGCUAAUGGCACUGAUCAGGGACUCGGGGCGACGCUGUGGUGCCGUGACCCCGAGCGAGCGGAGCGCAUCGCUACGCGCCUUGAGGCUGGGAGCGUGUGGGUGAAUCGGGGUGCGAUGCCGAUGCCCACGGCGCUUUUUGGGGGUGUCAAGCAGAGUGGUCUCGGGGGAGAAUGGGGACCAUUGGGACUGUUGACCUAUUGCAGCGCGCGGACAUUUCACUUUGCGAAGCAGUAG